GUAUUGAAUAUGGCGGCCGAGGCGAGCCAGUAACGGAGAGUCCUCUACACGUUUUUUGCACAGUGUAUUUGCUAGGAGCUGCAGAAGAAGCCUUACAUGCCAGAACGUGGUCAGUGCGUUAGACCGGCUCUGACCCUUUUAACUGACACUUUGUGUGAAGCCUUAAUCUCCUCUCCCUGGGCCCAGGAACGACCGUAAUGGAAGACGAAGAGAGACAGAAGAAGCUGGAGGCCGGCAAAGCGAAGCUGGCCGAAUACAGGCAGAGGAAGGCGCAGGCGGACGGGCAGAAGAAAACGAAGAAGAAGAAGAGACCGGCCGGGGCGAAGGACGGCGAGCCGUCCCGGGCGGAGGAGCGCGGAGAAGCGGGCGCUCACUCGGCUGACCCGACAGUAUCCCGCAGCCUGCGGAGCGGAGACACCAUCCGGCAGGACCAGACCUACACUAUAGAGCCUGAAAGUGAAGUCUCCACCACAGCAGAUGACUACACAUCUGAGGUAAAUGGGUGUCUUGAAGUCGCAGUGAAUACAGUGGAAUCUAAGGAUUUUAUCAGGGAGGAAGAAGUGCACGUCUCUGCAUCGCAUUCUGAGCACGAAGCGCACAGCUCUCAGACACGGCUGCAGAUUAUGGAGGAUGAGCUGGCAGCCAAACAACAGGCUGUUGAAGAGCUGAGCAGGGAGCUGGAGGAAAUGAGAGCUGCUUACGGGAGUGAAGGACUGCAACAGCUCCAGGAGUUCGAAGCUGCAAUCAAGCAGCGCGAUGGGAUCAUCACUCAGCUCACGGCAAACCUGCAGCAGGCCCGGAAGGAGAAGGACGAGAUCAUGAGGGAGUUCCUGGAGCUCACGGAUCAGAGUCAGAAACUGCAAAUUCAGUUCCAGCAGCUGCAGGCAGGUGAGACUCUGAGAAACACCAGUCACAGCAGCACGGCUGCAGACCUGCUCCAGGCCAAGCAGCAGAUCCUCAUGUACCAGCAGCAGACUGAAGAGAAAGACCUCCAGCUCAAAGGUUGUCAGAGGAAGAACGAUGAGCAGCAGAUGCAGAUCAGCCAGCUGCAGGAAAGAGUCAAAGAGACAGAGAUGUUAUCAAGUAAACAAGAUGAAUCCUUUACACAGAGAUUACGUGAGCAAGAGAAGUUAAUUGCAGGACAACAGAAACAAAUAACAGAGCAUGAAGUUACUGUGACACGAUUAAAGGAAGAGCUGUCGAUCUCAGAGAAGUCGCUGCAGGAUUUAAUGAAGCAGCUUGUGGAGAAACAACAAGAACUAGAAACCUUUCAAAAUGAGCUUACUAGUUCCAAACAGAGAGAGAAGAUGUCAUCCGAUGAAAUAAAACAGCUGAUGGGGACUGUGGAAGAAUUACAGAAACGUAACCACAGAGGAAACCAGGCGGAAAGUGAAAUUGUACAAAGGAUGAAGGGGGACAUGGAGAGAAAGAUGGAUCAACUUCAAGCAGAAAUGGAUGAGAUGUAUGGACAGCAGAUUGUUCAGAUGAAGCAAGAGCUUCGUAAGCAGCACUUGGAGGAAAUCAACAGACUAACUGCGCAGCACAGAUCAGAGCUGAAGGUGUUGAGCCUUCAGUCCUCUGAAAAUGGUGCUGAUGUAGAGCAGAUAAACCUGUUGAAUAUGAAAAUCAUUGAGCUGCAACAAAAGCUGAAAGAGGCACAGAUGCAGAAAGAUAAGGUACAUCAGGAGCUGACACAAGUAGCAGAGGAAAAAUUAAAUUUGCAAAGUCAGGUAGAAGAUCUCUUGCAGGACCUAAGAUUUGUACGGGGUAAAGUUCAAAGAGCUUCCCAGAGCAUAUCUGAUCAGGAGCACAAACUGAGUGAAGUGGGACAGUUGCACGCUACUAUUAGUGACUUGCAGACCCAACUCACUGCUGCAGCAGAAGCCACAAAGGAGUUGGAGACGAAGCAUGAAUCAGAAAUUACGAAUUACAAGAUAAAGCUUGAAAUGUUAGAACGUGAAAAGGAUGCAGUUCUGGACAGAAUGGCGGAGUCACAGGAAGCUGAGCUAGACAGGUUGAGGACUCAGCUAUUGUUCAGUCAUGAAGAGGAGCUCACCAAGCUGAGAGAAGACUUACAGCGAGAGAGCCAGGUGAAUAUUGAAAGCCUCAAAGAUGAAAUGUCUUUAAAACAUAAGCAGGUUCUGGAAAGCAUGCGGAUGAGCUUUGAGGAGCAGCUCCAUGUGGUAAAACUCGAAAAGGAGAAGUUAGCAGCUGACAGAGAAGCGCUGUUAAGUGAAAUCUCACAAAUGAAAGAUGAUUUGAAUCACUCAUUGGAAGACCCUAUGUCCAAAGGUAUGGCUCUGAAAUUGGAAGAGCUUCAAACAGAGAUUUGUGAAUUGAGAAAAGAAGAGAAGGAAAAGUAUUCUCUGGAAAGAGAAAUACACGAGUUGUCGAAAAAGAAUGAGCUGUUGGAGAAGGAGACCAAAGAGAGGGAAGUCACCUUAGGACAAAAAAUAAAAAAGCUGGAAUCUGAGAAGAAUUAUCUUGAGGAAACCAAUGAGGCUAUGAGACAAAAAAUGAAAUCCGUAGAUUUGGAUUUUGAUAUUAAAGACAAUUCAUCUGCACUGUCCAGUGAUAUUGCAGUUUUACCCUCUAGGAUGCAUCAGCAAAUAGAGUCGCUUACUCUGGAAAACAAAAAAUUAAGCAAACAGAUAACUGAACUAAAGGAAAACCUUGAAAGGCAGACAAAUACAUUUUCUUUUGCAGAGAGAAAUUUCGAAGUAAAUUAUCAGGAGCUAAAAGAUGAAUACACUUGCCUUGUGAAAGUAAAAGCAGAACUAGAGGAGAGACUCCUCAAGGAAGCAGGUGAACAUGAGACUGAGCUAAACCAUCUACGGUCACAGGUUCAGCUGUUGCAGGCCGGCAAAGAGCAGCUGGGUGGAACGGUAGAGGUCAGUCAAGUAAGAAACACCGAGGACUUUAUUGAUGGUGGGGAAGUUGUUGAAAAGGACACUACAGAGCUCAUGGAGAAACUGGAAAUUGCUCAGCGGGAAAAAAAGGAGCUCUCCUUGAGACUUUCUGAAGCUUCAGAGCAAUUAAAUUUAAAACAGAAUGAAAUCGAACAGCUGAAGGAUGAACUCAUGUCGGUAACGGAUAUAAACAAGCAGAUCCUUGCAAGCUAUGAAGAUUUGAGGAGAGGGCAAGGGGCACAAGGAAAGACUGCGGGUCAGCGACAGGAACAACAGACGUGGGAAAUUGUUCAGACAACUGCAGUCACAACUGAUCAGGCCACUGGGAGGGAGUUGUGCACACAUGCCAAUCAUCUUCACCAAAUAGAAGCAUUCGAGAAGAAGGUGAUAGCAUUACAGUCCUCUCUGCAGACUACAGUGCUCGAGCGUGACCAUAUUCAGGAACAGCAGAGUGCCCUUGCGCAUGAGAAUGAGACGCUCUCAGCCGAGCUCCAGGAGCUGAGGGGUAAACCUGUUGCUGAGACCCCCGUGGCUGCUGCUCUCCGGGCAGACAGGGACCAACUGCAGCAGCAGCUGGACGCGUUAAGGGCUAAGCAGCUGGGCUUGGCCGAGCUGGUGCAGCAGAAAGCCCUGCAGGAAGAAUCCCUGCACAAGAAACUCGAGGAGAAAGAAAGGGCACUGACUGCUGCAGAGCAAGAGAUAGUCGCUUUGAAUGAGAGGCUGAGGACACGGCAGCUCUCAGGCGGUGAAGGAGAGACGUGCCCGGGAAAGCGCGAUGAAGAGAAAGUGGCAGGGAGCACCUUAAAACAGGACGAAAAGUAUCUGGUAGAUCAUGAGGUCCAUACUCGAGAUGAACAGAUAACGCACCGCACAGCAGAUCAGGCUGAAAUGGACCAGAAGCAGGUGCUGUUGAAUGACGAGCUCAGGCUGCAGAUGGAGGCCCAGCGCAUCAGUCUCUCCCAGAUCUGUGCAGCACAGCUGGAGCUCCUGAGAGAGAGCCUGCUAGCUGAGAAGGAGGCCUGCCUGCACAGCCUUGAAGAGAGCCUCGUGGGCAGGCACGCGCAGGAGGUACAGCAGCUCCAUGAAAAGCACCAGCAGGAGCUGCAGCACUUGAAAGAACAAAAAGCAGAUUAUGAAGCUGAGUCAAGAUCUUCGAAGCACCAGAGGUUUAUCAGCAUGGUAUCCGAAGAAUGCACGCAACUGAUUCUGUCGUUGUCCAAAGUUCUGGGAGAAGACUACUUAGUGCCACUUCAGUUCAAAGAAACUGCAGAGCCGAAGAGUGCAGAGAAACCUGGUGAAAGGAAAACCGAAGAUCCUGGUUCAUUACUUCAAGAAGCAAAAGAAUUGUAUACAAGUCUACAUAUGCUCAAGGACAGGAUUUUGCAGGAAUGUAAUCGCCUGACAGAACUUCAGUCCUUACUGACAUCUGACUGCAACAAGCUGGAAGAGCUUCAGACAGCAUAUGAUGAGCUCAGACAUCAGAGCGAAAAGGAAAUUGCCAGCCUUCGAAUGCAAAUUGAUAGCUCUCGUGCCAGCUCUCAGGAUCUGAAUGAUCUCAAGGAGCAGCUAAAGGUGAGGUCGGCCCAUCUUGAGGAGGUCGAGAAGCUGAAAACAGAGUUUCAUCAGCGGCAAGCCCAGCUGGAGGAGCAGCACCUCCAGGAGAUCGAGCGUCUCCGGGUUUAUUAUCAGCAGCAGGCCAGGGACUUGGAGGACAGAUACACCACAGAGCUCGUCCUUCUCCAGCAGAGGCUGCAGGAGGCGCAGUGCAGUAUUUCAAGUGAAGCCCAGCUUUUUGAGCAAAAGGAAAUGCAAAGCAUUGAAGAACUAAAGCUGGAUGAUAUUGAAUUGGAAGUGGCCCUAAACUAUCCACUAAAGUCUGUUGGACUGACCCAUCAGCUGCAGACCUUGAGAAAAGCCCUGUACGCCAAAUAUGUCCAGGAGGUCUCUGCUCUGAAGGAGCAGCACAGGGGGGAGCUGGAACUGCUGGCGCUGAGACUGAGCAAACAGCAAGCUCUCCAAGAGGAAGUCUCAGACUCAGGCCCAGAGAGCUUAAAAGGAGGAGUCCGGUCCAUUGAAGGCCCUGACACUGAAGAAGACCUCAUCAGAAAUAUUCAGGAACUGGAGAAACGGCACAAAGAAAGGACAGAGGAGGAAGUAGCAAAGGUGAUCGUGCAGAUGUCGGUUGAAUUUGCUCAGCAGACCGAGCUGGCAAGACUUAACAAGCAAGCAAGGGAGACGACGACCAAGAUGCAGACGCUGGCUGGAGACCCGGAUGGAGAAGGAGAGGCAGAAAUGGACCCUUCCAGUGAGGAGCCUGGACUCGCUCUGGAGCAGAAGAAUAAGGACUCGGAGAGGAGGCUUUUGGAAGAAAAAGCCGCACUGAGCAAACAACUGCAAGAAAAGACUGCUGAAAUCCUGACGUUGACCAAGCAGCUGCAGCAGACUAGAGGCGCUCCACUGAUGCUUGACAAAGAGGGCCAGUUCUCCGAUACUGAGGGAGGAUCCCCAAAACACCCAGAGGACACGGGUAUUAUACUGCCUCUUGAGUCUGUGAUCACACAAGAACCUGUCCUUCCGGAAAGUAAGGUGGCCACCGCUGGCCUGGCAGAAGAUCAGUGCCAGAACCAGAAGCAGGAGCACCUGCAGGCGGCGCAGGCCCUGAGGGUGGCCCACACACAGCCGCUAGACAGGCAGCAGGAGGAACAGGUCUCCCGCAGAGCGGAGCUGGACAGCUGGGGAACACAGCUCGAUCAGGCAAAGGCAAGAAGAGAGGGCCCAGAGACUGUAAGACAGGAGGGGUACGGCCCUGCACUGCAAAGCAGAAGCACACAGACUGAGCAGAAUGAGGAAGAAAACAAGCAGGGAGAUGAGGAAAAGAAAACUGAUCCCGAAACUUCAGCAGAAGGUCCAGGAAAGACAGAGCACCCUGCUCCUGAUGGAGACACAACUGAAAGGAAUGUCUUAAGAAGGGCCAAUGAGCGUCUGCGGCAGGUUCUGCGCGACGUGCUGAAGACCACCGCCGCGGCCGAGGAGACGAUUGGGCGCCACGUUGAGGGACUGCUGGACGCGUCCGGUAGAGGACAGCCUCAGCUCAGAUCAGCUGCUGGGCCUGGGGGAGAUGCUUCCUCAGAGUCCUGUUAUGGCAGUGAAGCAGGCAGGGGUGAUGGGAGUGUGUGGUCAGGGGAGACUGAAGAGGGCCUGGAGAUGUCUCAGCGGCUCACAGACGGCCUGUUUCAAGGAGCUGACCUCCAGCUGGAGAACGAGGAGUGCCUAAUGAGCAUCAGCUCGCGGCUCCAGGGAGCAGUGGAGAAACUGCUGGAGGCCAUCACUGAAACAACAAAUCAGCUUGAACAUGCCAAAGUGACCCAGACGGAGCUGAUGCGGGAGUCAUUCAGGCACAAUGCUGAAAUUAGUGAGCUGGUGAGGCAGCAGGAGGAGCUGCAGGAGAGACUCGACGAGGAGGCCAAAGCCAAGGAGCAGCUGGCGCUGGAGCUCCACAGGGCCGAAGGGCUGAUCGACGGCUACACGGAGGAGAAGGCCGCGAUGGAGGAGCAGGUGCGUCAGAAGGAGGAGCUGCUGCAGCACCUGGAGCAGGAGCUGCGGGUGACGGGCAGCCGGCUGCUGGAGCUGGAGCAGGAGAGGCAGCAGAUGCAGCAGGAGAGGGAGCUGCUGUCCCGCCAGCAGGCCGCCAUGAGGGACGCGGCCGGACCGCGAGAGCUGUGCCUAGUUGACGCUGGCCUAACUGACGCAGCACCUGAAGCAGGCCUGCUGGAGGAGACGGAGAAGCUGAUGAAGGAGAAGGUGGAGGUGCAGAGGCAGGCGGAGAAGGAGAGCGGCGACCUGCUGCAGCAGGUGAAGGCGCUGGAGGUGGAGCUGGAGGAGCAGGUGAACCGAGCCGUCGAGCUGGAGCAGGCCAAGGCCGCCGAGUCCGCCGACCUCCGGCAGCAGAUCCAGGCCCUGGAGAAACAGCUGGAGAAGAACAGGAAGUUCCUGGACGAGCAAGCUAUUGACAGAGAGCAUGAAAGGGAUGUCUUUCAGCAAGAGAUACAGAAACUAGAACAGCAGCUGAAGAGUCCACAAAAGCUGCAGCCGAGUAGCGAACAAAGAAAUAGAAAGGUGGAGCAGCUGACCAGCCAGCUGAAGGAGAAGGCAGACCGAUGCAGCGAGCUCCUUCUGCACGUGGAGCAGCUGGACCGCGACGUCCAGGAGCGAAACGAGGAGAUCGAGAAGCUGGAAUGCCGCAUCCGGGAACUGGAACAGGCCCUUAUCGUGAGCACGGAAAGGUUGCAAAAGGUGGAGGAGAGGAAGCAAUAUGCCUCUGUUGACGCCCCAGGAGAAAUGACGCUUGAAGUUCAAUUGCAGACGGAGCGGGAAGCUUUAGACAGAAAAGAAAAAGAGAUCUGCAAUCUGGAGGAGCAGUUGGAGCAGUUCAGAGAGGAGCUGGAGAAUAAAAACGAGGAGGUGCAGCAGCUGCACAUGCAGAUGGAGAUCCAGAGGAAGGAGCUGAGCACUCAACAGCAAGAGCUGGAACACGGAAACACGCUGCUGAAAAAUGAAGUGGAGCUUUUAAAGAAAUCCCACUGUGACUCUGAAGAUGUGUCUGUGGAAGAUCGAGUAAGAAUUUCUAACCUAACGAAAGUCAUGGAAGACAAAGACAGGGAGAUUGCACUCCUGAAUGAACAACUGUUUAAGCUUCAGCAGCUGGAAAAUGUACCUGAUAACAAGGAAAUUGAAGAAAAAGAUGAGCUGCUGAAAGAGCUAAGAUCUGAAAUCGAGUGUUUAAGGAGCGAGCAAGAGCGCUUGAAAAAGAAAAGCGAAGAUGAAGUAGAGCAGCUGAAUGAAGUGAUUGAAAAGCUACAGCAGGAACUUUCAAAGAUCGAGCAUAAAACCGCAGAAGAAUACCUUCCUGACUCUGAAGACCCCCUCAGUCAACAGCACCUACUGGAGAGAAUAUUAGAGAGAGACUAUCCUAAGGGCCAAGAUGAGAAGGUUUGUGAUGAGCUCAGUCUGGUCAAGGCAGAGUUUGAAGAACUGAAGAUGAAAAUGGAGCAGACAAACCAAGAACUGGAUACCCUAAAGUCUGAUCAUAUUGUGCUGUUAGAGAAAUAUGACUGUUUGCUGAAGGAAUCAUCAGAUAGUUCUACAGAAAAGAAAAAUGAAAGAGAGGAGGAGCUGGAAGAGAUAAGGCUGAAAAUGGAGCAGGCAUGUCAAGAAUUGGAAUCUGUUAAGGCUGAUCAUCUCUCCUUGUUAGAGAAACACAGGUGCUUACAGGAAACAAUAUCAGAUUGCUCUGUUGAUAAGAAAAAUGGCAGAACAAUGGAGCUUGAAGAAGCCUUACAAGAAAAGACUGCGGCCAUCUUAGUUAUUCAGGCUGAAUUAAAAGCUUUGGAACAGAGUGCAAAUUCCAGAGUGGCCGACUUGAAUGCCAAAGUGGAGGAUCUUGAGGUUUCUGUGGAAGAGAAAGAUUCUGAGCUGCGCUUUUGUCGACUUCAAGUGGAUCAGACUCGUGCUGAAGCUCAAACCCUUCAGCGGAAAAUUCUACAGUUGGAAGACGCGCUCCGGGAGAAGGUGGCUGCUGCCCUAGUGAGUCAAGCACAACUUGGUGCUUUCCUGCAGCAAUCAAAAGAGCACACCAAAGAGCUUUACAGUCAAAUUGAAGAACUUCAGGGUCAUCCAUCUGAACACCCCGGACAGGUAGGAAGAACAGAAGAGUCUGAAAAGACUGCUGAGAACUUCGCAGUUAAAGCAUUCAGUGUUGCUGACCCAGGUAAGAAAAUGCAAAUGCAAGACCAUGAAAGUAAAGAGGUGACUAGAACAAAGCUGUCUGAUUUAACACAGAAGAUCAUAGAUUUGGAGAACGAGCUGACUGAUGUGCAGAAGGAUCAAGAUCUACAAAAGCAGCUAUUGCUUGGCUCAGAAGAGGAGCUGGAAGAGUAUGAGAAGAGACUCGUUCGACUGAUGAACCUCUUGGAGCAGAUCUCGAAGUGGGGGGCAGAAAAGCAAGAGACUUUGACAAAGAAGGCCUCAGGCAGUGCGGGUGAAGAGGCCGACCGAGCUGCUGUGUCUCAGCUGGCUCAGGAGCUGCAGGAGGUCAGGGCUGAGGCUGCUGCCACGAAGGAGGAGCUGAGCAGCUCCAGGGAGCGCGCAGACAAGCUGCAGGAGGAGCUGCAGGUAAGAGAUCUGUCAGUAGCUCAGCUUCAGGAAGACCUCCAGCGGGUGAAAGAAGCUUUAGCAGGAUCGGAAAGGGAACUGGCACUUCAUACAGUCAACAAGGAAGCUGGAGCUCCAGAGGGUGAACUUGACUUCAUCUCUGACAAGAACAAUGGCACAAUAACCAAAGACAAAGCUUCGCUGCCCAGAAGGAGCUCUGCUUCCCAGACUGACAAGCCUGUUGUUGUCAAUGGAAGCGUCCAAACUCUGCCAGUGGCCUGCAGAGAUGCAGAGGUCCAGGCUGACCUGGUGAAACCUGGUGCUGCCAGGUCAGAGGAUAUUGCCGAGGUCAUCAGUCAGUACACUGAGAAGAUCGGACAGAUGCAGGAUCUGCAUGCUGCUGAGAUCAUGGACAUGGAGACCAGACACAUUUCUGAGAGCGAAACCCUGAAAAGAGAUUUGGAGAUGUUGCGUGAAGAAUGCCAGGCCCUCAAUGCACUUGUGGACAAGCUGAGGACAGCAGAGGGUAUCAUCUCAUCCAGAUUGGAGCAUCCUGUUACCUCCCAAUUUAAAGACGGGUACACCAGUGACAGUAGCUCAGACUGGAGUCAGAGACUGGGUUAUGACAUUGGUUCCCAGAACCAGGAAUUCAGAAGCACACCUGAAGGAGCCAGAAGGGACAAUGAAGUGCGUCAGUUAGCAGAAGAUAUGCUUCCUGACAAAAUUAAGAGCCUGUUGAGAGAGGUGCAUAAGGAGGGCAUGCAGGUACUGUCUUUGUCGGAGCUGCCGUUCUCUGACGUGGAGCCCACAGGGGCAGGGGAGCCCUCUCAGAGCUGGCAGAGGGAGAGGGACGCACUCCUGGCAGCUGUCGAAUCCCUCAAGACGUUGAUUACCACGAUGCAGGCUCACAGAGGCCCUGAGCCUUUGGCUGGGAACAUCGCAGCCGAGCAGUCGGCAGACUGGCGAGGAGAGCUCUUGCACGCUGUCCAGCAGGUGUUCCUGAAGGAGCGCGGUGUGCUAACCAGUGCUCUUAAAACUCAUUUGGAGAUGUUGGAUACAAGCGACAUCGUGGUCCACCUGAACCAGCUGGAAUGCAGGCUGGACGAACAGGACACCCGGCACAGGGAAGCCAUGGAGUUCUUGCAGGGUGCUGAUAGACAGAGCCUGCUGACGGACGUCAGGCAGCUCCAAGCCCAGCUCCACAGUACCCAGCCAGGGCAGAGCAGGAGAGAGACUGAUGGGCAAUCCUUACUCGCCUCAGGUGGCCAUGCGCAGAACCAGCAGGCAGCUGAAGGCAAGGAGGCUCUGCUCUCAGAGAGGAUGGUGCUGGCUGAUCUGAAGAACGAGCUGGCUCAGACCAGGCUGGAGCUGGAAACAACACUGGCUGCACAGCACAAGCGUUUGAAAGAGCUGGAAGCCCUCAGGACUGAGGUCUCAGAAAAGGCUGCCGAAGUGGACAGACUAAACGAUGCCCUGGCAGAGGAACAGAGGAAGGCCAGAGAGCUUCAGUGGGCGUUUGAAAAAGAGAAGUGCAAGUCGGAGAGGACAAAAGAGCGAGAAAACGAGGAGCUUGAAGACCUGAAGCUGGCCCUGGCGGACCAGAAGCACAGGGUGGGCCAGCUGGCCGAGAGCCUGGAGCAGGAGCGGGAGGCGGCCGAGUCCGAGAGGGCCCGCCAGCAGGCCCGGCUGACCCACGAGCAGGGCCGCGUGGCCGAGCUGCAGGUGCAGCUGGAGUCGGAGAAGGCCCGGGCCCAGGAGCUGAGCGGCGCCCUGGAGCGGGAGAGGGGCCUGCACAGCCGGCGCAGGCAGCAGCAGAGCCCACAGCGCAGGGCUGAGGAGGAGGAGGAGGAGGAGGAGGGAGAACAGCGGGUGGAAGAGCUCCUCGCCGAUUUGCAGAGGCAGCUGGACGAGAAGCACAGCCGCAUCGCGCAGCUGGUGGGAGACGUGGAGAGGCACAAGCUGGAAGCCGCGCAGGUGGGGCAGCAGUGGGACGAGGAGAGGCGCUCGCAGCGGCUGGCCGCGCAGAGGGAACGGGAGGCGCUGCAGCUUGCGCAGGACAAGCUGCAGCAGCUGCAGGGGAAGGCCCAGGAGCUCCAGAGGCAGCUGGACAGGGAGCGGCAGCAGGUCCUCAGGCUGCAGCAGGAGAGGGACCGCCUGGGCGACAGCGUCCGAGACCUGCAGGACACGGCUCGGCUCAGCGAGGCGGCCCGAGACUCCGCGCAGCCACAGCAUCCCGACGCACGAGCGCAGAAUCCGUGGAAGGCAGACCUACAGCCCAGUGACAGGACAAGAGACUGGGUCUUGCAGCAGAAAAUGUCUGAGGUGCUGACAGCCGGCUCCAGCUCUCUCCCCCUGAAGGAAGGGGCUGCGAGUCAGGCUGCUCCCACAGACUCCAGACUCCUCGACAGCGUCAUACCGAAGCUCCAGCUCAUUGCUUCCAAAAUCAGAUCACUUGCAAGCAAAGCUUCCAGCAGCGUGCCGUUUGAAGAGCUGGACAGCGAGAGUCUGGUGUGGCUCCUGAACAGCGUGCAGGAUGUUGUCUCCCAGCUCCAGCAGCUGCCUCCUGUCCCUCCUGUGCCCGAGAGCCCGCCGGUGCCCUCGGGAGACCCCUCCAGCUCGCUGGCCGAGCGGCUCCUCAGGCAGAACGCGGAGCUCACCGGGUUCGUGAGUCGCCUGACGGAGGAGAAGAACGAUCUGCGCAAUGCCCUCAUCAAGCUGGAGGAGGAGCUGCGCCGCUACCGCCAUAGAGGCCUCGCGGGAGGGGACUGUACCAAUAGGAGCCCCGCGGAUAACCAGGAUGCCAUUGAUGCCAUCCUGGUGUCAGAUCGAGAGGCCUGGAACAGGGAGAAGGCCAGCCUGGAGAAAUCCUUGCAGCAGGCUGAGGCAGAGGUGUCCAGACUGCGCAGCGAGCUCAGGACAGAUUCCCUCUGCAGAGAUAUGGCAGGGUCUGACUCCGACAGUACUGCAUUAAAGAGAAUCUAUGGGAAGUACCUGCGGGCAGAGAGUUUCCGGAAGGCUCUUAUUUACCAGAAGAAGUAUUUGCUGCUGUUACUGGGAGGCUUUCAGGAAUGCGAAGAGGCCACCCUCUCUCUAAUUGCCAGAAUGGGCGGCCGACCUUCCUACACAAACUUAGAGGUCAUCACUCACCACAGGAGGGGCUUCACCAGAUUCCGAUCUGUGGUCCGGGUCUCGAUAGCACUCUCCAGAAUGAAGUUUCUGGUGAGAAGGUGGCAGAGGGCAACAGGGUCAGGAUCAAGCCCAGCAUCCAGUGUUAACCGAAAUGGGUUUGGCCAGAUAACUGGGAACGAAGUGAGAACAGACUCGCCGUAUCUCCACCCGGAGGUGUAUGGGGAGCGCAGGGCGUCCAGCAGAGGGAGAUCCGGCCGGGAAUCGCCCAGAUCCACCCUGUCAGUGCACCACAGGUACCAGACAACUGCUGAAGCCCCAGGUUCUCUUGCCUGCUCUCAUCUCCAGAACUAUGACCCAGACAGGGCACUGACAGAUUACAUCUCCAGGCUGGAGGCGCUGCAGAGGAGACUGGGGAGUGUGCAGUCAGGCUCAACGUCAUAUGCCCCGUUGCAUUACGGGAUAAGAAGAUGAAAGUCCUCCAUUUGCAGACUGACUUGAAACUCGGUUGCCUUUUUCUAAUGCUGAGCUGCUGUGUUUUUGUACAGUAAUAAUGCUGUGUAUAUAUAUUUGUGGGACCAAAUUAAAUGUGUAAUAUUACUGCCGGUUUUCUUGCCAGCACUUGAGAGGAUAAACAGCUUCUAUGUAUAUCAGUCUGCUUGUUUGUUGUGCAUAAAACAAUCAGUCGUUUAAAUGUAUAUUUGUGGAAUGCUAAUUUGAAACUGAUUUAUUUAUACUGUGUAUUGUGUGGGUGGAGGAAUAUCUGGUGGAUGCAGGGCUUCACUGUGAGACAGCUGCUAUAGGUUUUACUACACUGUCCUUCAUGAACUGCUGGGACUGGAUGGCAGAAAACAGUUUCUAGAGGCUUAUUUUUGUAAAGCUAGAGGUUCUGAAUUUUAUGGGUAUUUUGUCAAAAAUCCAAAAUAAAGAUUAAUAUAACAUUUGAAA